AUGGACUUCCUAAACGCCGAAUACGACGAAAUGGGCGAAAUCUACGAGUCUAUCAUCGAGGCCGUGAAAAAUGGCACCGCGACCGAUACGGAUAUCCAAGGGCUACCCGAGGAUCUGCGGCCGCCUAAUAUCUCCUCCUUAUCCUCUCCGGCUGCUUCCUGGUCUCUACCCCCCCCUAGCUCUCUAUCUCUGUCUUUAUCUGCCUUCCGGUCCCCAUCUCCCUCCCCGCCACCCUCUGGUCUAGAAGAUGCUGGCAUAGAGAUGGCGGAGGAUGUCUCUGAACCCUCAAGUCUAGAUCUAGCACGGGAUUUUUACGGCGUCCAAUGGGGUUGCGGUGGCUGUGAGCGCUAUUAUAACGGCAGGACACAUUGUGUGCUUUGUCACCGGCGAUGGGAAGAUUUGAGGAACAGGGAUGAGGGGUAUGGAUGGCGGCAUUUUAUUCUGUUUCGGGAUAAGAAAAGAGUAAAGAAUGGGGGUUUUAGGUAUGGGAGGUCCAGGUUAGAGAGGGAGAUGUUAGUACAGGAUGUUGAAUAUGAAGAAGCUGCUGCUGAGGAGGGAGGUCUUAAUGAGUGUGUUGUCGAGGAUGGUGAUGACGAAGAGGAGACGGGAGAUGGCAUGGACGGAGAAAGGAAGAGGAUGCGCCCGCAGAAAUUUCGCUUGCCCCGAUUGACGCGCGAGCCAAAUCUAGGUACUGUCAGAGGAACCUGGCUGAUACGGAUGGGUGGCAACGUCAGAAGUCGUGUUUCAAACAGGAGUCGGAGGAUGGCCUGCCCUACCUGCAGGCUUGAAUUCGAUACCGUUGAUCUGAGAUUGAAUUCGAUAUUGUGGCCUCCGGAUGACCGCCGAGGAGGGUUACGGUCUGUGGACCAAGAGGUGGCGGAGCUGCAGAGGAGGAAAUUGAUGGAUGGGCCCAAUGGGGGCGGGGAUCGAGAUACUACGGCAGCGGCUUCUAUCACCCAUGCUGCCAAAUAG